AGUACCCUGGUGAGCCCUGUCUGGAGCACAUGCUGCAGGGAAGGCCCUCCAGUCGGCGCCAGCUGGACUUCCUCUUCUUAAAUGGGACCGAGGGGGGAAGAGGUCUCAUUUACACCUUUCACACAGAAACCAAAAUGGGGUGGAUCUUCACAGGGGUAUUUGUUUCCUAUCAAAGAUGAUGAGAAAAAGCAUCCAUUGAGCCAGCAUCACAAUAGGCGCCAUGGCAACUGCAUCAUGAAAGAGACUGUCUCCAUGGCGAUUCGAAUGGUACCUCACAAGUAGGUUGAUGAAAGAGAGAAAAAGGAGGAGGGGCUGGAGGAGAUGCCAUGGUGCGUGGGAGAUGAACAGUUACAUAUUAGAUCAUUGAAGAUAAACUUUAGAUUAGAUAGAAACCUUUGGCCCUUUUUAAUCCCGGUAAAGUGUUCAGUUCUUUUCCGUGUGGAAGGAUCAUGACGUCAAGGUCAACCUUUUUACUGUCCUUCAGACAACCCUGCGCUCAUCCCGCUGUCACUGCAGCCUCCAUCUUUUUCUCUGCCUCUGUUUCUCUAUGCCAACACGAUAACAUUGCUACAGCUAUCAAUCAUUCAAAAAAGUAUUGAUUACAAUAUAUGGUAUCGGUUGACCUUGUGGUUGGAUCCAGUCAAGCUGUACCCAUACACAGUUGCUGAUCAGUCCAUCCCAUAAUGUGGACGCUGUAAUUGUGUUUGAUAAUGAUUUGGCCUGUUCAUGAUAUGGCUCCUCUAGCUCUCGCCGUCUCUCCUCAGUAAUGGGCCUCUCCUCAGUGUCAUUGAUAUGAAAAUGAGUCCGAGGAGCUAUGAUGUGUGCCAGGUGCUCAGGACACUCCAGCUGAGCUCAGCCCAGGAGGAGAAGCCCUCGCUUGGGAAACAUAGCCUCAUACUGGGGGAGGGGGAAUGGUGACCAAACGCACUUGGACUAUCACUCCACCUAAUUCAUAACACACAGGUAGGAGAGGGAGGGGGUCAGUAAAAGGAGGGGUGAGAGAGGAGGGUGACAGAGUCCUCUUGUGUUGUGGUUGGGCCACUCAGACGCUCCUCUAGGGUAAGGCCAGUCACACAGACGAAACGCACGAACAGAAGGCGAGACAGACAGACUGAGAAAAGGAUCCUGCAAAUCGACAGGACAGAAGCACAGAAACGGACAGAGAGAAAAACAAGACACAUAAUUACACACUCAAGCUGUUAAACAUGACACUGCGUGAGGUGAGUUUUAAAAAAACAUUUUUUUUUCGUUCCUACACAGCAUAGAAAGGCUUUAUCGAACAUUCAUAAAUAAAGUUUCCAUGAGCCCAAUGUAGAUGCUUACUUUUCCUUUAUCUUACUGACGAUUUACAAUGACAGCCUUGUGAGUGUGGCUGUGUGUGUGUAUUUAAAAAAAAAAAAAAAUGCUUGGUUUUACCACCGGUUGGCAAGAAGUGAUUGGACAUUAAUUAGUCAAGUUAUUUUAAUAACAUGAGCCUUUGAUCAACGUGGCAGUAAGGCCUCUUCAGACAUUGAUAAUGAUCAAUCCACAGGUUAGUUCCACAACUUCAUAACUUGCUAGGCCAUUUGAUUUGGAUUGUGUCCACAUUUACCAUAAUCUAAUGAUAAGUGUUCAGGAUAAGCCGGAAUGGAAGUAUCAGAGUGGCAUGGGUUGGUUAGCAUGCUAAUAAAACUCAUAUUUGUAUAUUCAAGACACUGGGUUUGAUAUGCUAUUUACAAUGGUAGGUUAAUGCUAUAUCCUCCUGAGACCCGGAGAAAAAAAAGGUUUGGGAUUUGUAUGUUUUUGUGUGGGUAUAGUGCUUUAAAAAAACAUAGUUGCAGCAUCCGGGUAUCCACUACAGAGGACAUUUCCUCUUAUUUAGCUCUUAUUUAAUGUGAACAAAUUAUUACACAGUCCUGACAACUCACUUAACUAUUCCUGAUAUAUUUACUUUGAAUAUCAAACUCACAAAAAUGAACAUGAAUAAUUCCAUACAAAAUCAUCAAUGCUGAAACUUUCAGAUGACGUUUGUGAGUGAAUUGAAAAUGUUCAAUUGCUUUCAUGAGCUUUUUCUCUCUCUCACUGCCCUGAAUUUAAGACACUGGUUUAGCUGUCUUGGAAUUAAGAACAUGUCCAAUAUCAACAUGUCCUUUUAUUUUGAAGAAUCUCGUUUCUUCUUGACUUCCUGCCUAAGAACAUUUCCAAUAACCUUUUGAAGGAAUAGCAACUUUGCUUAACUUUCUUCUUUAAGUCUAUAGUUAAGGAUAAAAUGGCAUUUAAGAAGAAAAGUCUUCUUAAAAACGUUUUGUGAGUCCGGCCCCAGGAAGAUAAAGUUGUCAAGGUCACACCCCCACAUAUGUGAUAUGAUUGUAUGGCCUCAGAGAUAUGCACAAAGAACUGAUGUCCACUAGAGAGUACAAAAAUGAAUAGCUUUGUCUCAGGAGGAUUAAAACAUGUGCCUCUGUUCCCUCUCCCUGAGGAGUUGCGUAGUCGUGAGUUCUGGCGUGCCAUGCUGGCCGAGCUGCUGGGUUCCCUGGUGUUUGUGAGUGCUGUUCUGGGGGCCUCUGUGCCGGGCCCUGGAGAGGCCUCCACGGGGCCCCUCUACCCAGCCCUGGCUGCAGGCAUGGUGGCUGUUGCCCUGGGACACUGUUUUGGAGAGAUCAGUGGAGCACAGGUGAACCCAGCAGUUACCCUGUCUCUGUUGGCCACGCGGAAGCUGGACCUGGUGAGGGCUCUGGUGUACAUGGGAGCCCAGUGUCUGGGGGCCUCCCUGGGGGCCGGGGCUCUCUACUUCGCCCUGCCCCUCAAAACCACCGCAGACUGCUUCGUCAGCAGGGUUCCUCUCGAGGUGAACGCGGCCCAGGCUCUAGGGAUGGAGCUUCUGUCAACGUUCCAGCUGGUCUUCACUGUGUUCUCCGUGGAGGACCACCGUCGGAGGGAGUACACAGAACCAGGGAACCUGGCCAUCGGCUUCUCUCUCAGCGCAGGCGUGCUCAUCGGGGGUCGGUUCUCUGGAGGCAGUAUGAACCCGGCACGUUCCCUGGGUCCAGCCAUCAUCACUGGCUUCUGGGAAAACCACUGGGUGUACUGGAUUGGACCGGUGCUGGGUGCAGUGCUGGCCGGGGUGUCCCAUGAGUUCUUCUUUGCCCCCAGUGCAUCGAGGCAGAAGCUGGUUGCGUGUCUGACCUGUAAGGACAUAGAGAUGGUGGAGGCAACCAGCGUAUCCCGGUCCUCCCUGUCCACCGUCACCCAAACCGCCAUGAGGGCUAAGCAGGUCAACAAACAGGAGCAAAACUAGAAAGGGACACAUCAUGCUACACAACAAUAUAUAGUGGGGUCUGAAAUGAUUGACACCCUUGAUAAAGAUGAGCAAUAAUGACUGUAUACAAUAAAUUAUUCAAAUAAUGAGCUAAAUUGACUUCAGAACGUUUUCAUACCCCUUGACUUAUUACACAUUUUACAGACUGAAUUAAAAAUGGAUUCAAUAGAUGUUUUUCUUACCUAUCUACAUACAAUACACCAUAAUGACAAAGUGAAAACCUGUUUUUAGAUUUUUUUGGGGGCUAAUUUAUUGAAAACGAAAUACAGAAAUGUCUUAUUUAAAUAAGUAUUCACACCUCUUUGCUAUUGACACUCCAAAUUGAGCUCAGGUGAAUUAAAUUUCCUUUUGAUCAUCCUUGAGAUGUUGCUACAACUUGACUGGAGUCCAACUGUGGUCAAUUCAAUUGUUUGGACAUGGUUUAGAAAGAAACACACCUGUCUAUAUAAGGUCCCACAGAUGGCAGUGCAUUUCAGAGCAGAAAAGUCCAAGGAACUGCCAGUAGAUCACCGAGAUAGAAUUGUGACGAGGCGUAUAUUUGUGGAAGGGUAUAAAACCAUUUCUAUAGUGUUGAAAGUUUCCAAUAGCACAGUGGUCUCCAUCGUUGGGAAAUUGAAAAAAUAUGGAACUACCUAGACUCUGACUAGAGCUGGCCGUCUGACCGAAAUGAGCAACCGGGCAAGAAGGACCUUGGUCAGGGUGGUGACCAAGAACCCAAUGACCACUCUGACAGAACUACAGAGUUCCUUGGCUGAGAUGGGAGAAGUCUCUACAGCCCUUCAUCAAGUUUGACUUCACGGGAGAGUGGCCAGACAGAAGCUGCUCCUGACAAAAAGGUAAAUGACAGCACACAAAAAAGUUUGCGAAAAGGCAAAAGAAUCUGUCGUCUCAAGAGACAAUGUUACUCUUUGGCCUGAAUGCAAAGCGCUGUGUCCGGUGAGAACCAAGCACAGCUCAUCACCCUUCUAACACCAUCCCUACCGUGAAGCAUGGUGGUGGCAGCAUCAUGCUACGGGGAUGCCUUUCAGCGGCAUGGACUGGGGAGACUGGUAAGGAUAGUGGGAGAACAAUGAAUGAAGCCAAAUACAGCCAAAUCCUUAAUGAGAACUUGCUUCAAGAGUGCAAACGACCUUAGACUGGGGCAACGCUGGAAUGGCUUCAGAACAAGAAUGUUGAAAGUCCUUGAGUUGCCCGGCCAAAGCCUAGACUUGAAUCUUAUUGAAAAUCUGUGGAAAUCUGUUCACCGCCACUCCCCUUCCAAUUGAACAAAGCUUGAAAAAAAAUAAUGGGUGAAAAUCCACAAA